AUGAAUAUUCUACCACACAAAAGUUGGCAUGUUCGUACGAAGAAAAACAUUGAAAGAGUUCGUCGUGAUGAAGCAAAAGCUGCUGAAGAAGAGGAAGAGAGGCAAAGACGAAUUGCACUUGCAGAGCAAGAAACCAGAACUGAGUUACUUCGGAAGAAGGCAAAAAGCCAACGUGCCAUUAAAGGCUUGGAUAUCAGUGACACAGAUGUUGAACAUGUUACCUUGGAAGCUCCAGCACCCACACACAUUAAUUUCUUCUCAGAGAUAGAAAAAGAAGAGCGUCAGAAUCUUGCAAAAAAUGCAGAACACGAAGCCGAAAAGAAAGCCGAGAAAGAAAAAUGGGAGAGAAAAAUUGGAUUACUUACCUACCUUGGAGAAAGUGCCGUGGAAUCACAGGUUACACCACCUUGGUAUUUGCAAAACAAGAAACUACGUCUUGAUAAUGAAGCAAAAGUCACUGAGACAAAGAAAGAAAAAAGAGACAAUGAUGACCCUCUUCUAAAAAUGCGUGCCUAUCUCAGUAAAAAGGACAAGAAACACAAAAAGGACAAGAAUGAGAAAAAGCGAGAUAGAAAGAAAGAAAAAUGCAAGAAGUUAUCCUCAUCUUCCUGUGUCUCCAUUGACCAAUUGAGAGCAGAGCGUCUUCAACGGGAGAAGAAUGAAAGGAGCCGAGCCCUGGCUUUAAUGGCCAAGCUGCAGGGGUCUAGCAUUCAGGCUGUCUGUCUGUCUAUCUAUCUAUCUAUCUAUAUCCCCAACUACAAAUCAUUACUUCCACCUCCCCAACUACAUCUGAUUGCUUCUGGUGUAACAUUAUCUUAA